AAAUUCUGUUCUCCUCUGUACUUUGUAGCUUUUAAAUACCAACAUUCUGAAGAAUUCACAAUACUAUGGGAGAUUUAACUAGUAAAACGGUUUUGCUAUUCUUCUCUAAUAAAAAACGGGUUCUGCAAUUGGAUUAUGACCCAUCAAUUUUUCUGAAUAAUCUUUAUCGCCUCACAUCUUUUCAAUGCAGCUUAAGUUGUAACAUGGUUGGUAUUCAUAAUGGGCAACCUAAGCAGAUGGGUCUAAAGGAGUUGCUGCAGGGCAUUGUUGUGGGCCUGGAUAAUUUGGAUGCAGUAAUUCGUAUACUAAGAGAAUCUUCUAGCAAUGCAAUUGCAUCAUCUGGUCUAAGGAGCGGUGAGCUCCCCUAAGUUUUUGAGUUUUUCAUUUUCUUCAACUUGAGUAGAAGUGGUGGUUCAAAAGCACUGAGACAUGAUUUUCUGGCUUUGUCAUUAAACAUCUGUUGUUCUGCAUGCGUUGUUUUUCAGUUUUUUUUUUCUUUUUGCUUUCUAGCUUCUGCUGCGAGGAACA